CACACACACACACAGUCUAUUGGGUGUUGUAGUCAUGGGUGUCUGAUGUCACUAAAAAGCGCCGAGCAUUCUAAACUUUUAAAGUCAUAACAAAAGUGAAUGAAAAGGUUAUUUAAAAAAAUGUAUUGACAAACUUGUGAAAAGAUGGAUGACAUAAACCUGCAGUACAGAUUUCUGAAUUGGCGUCGACGCCGGAUCAGAGAUAUCGGUGAGGUGCGAGCCGUGCGCGUUCAGGAGCGCUACAAGAGGAUGUUGAAGGAUGGAGACAUACUCAGUUACCAGGGGAACUCGGAUGAGGUUGGUUGUUACGUGGCUCCCUAUCCUUUAUCAAAGGGAAAUUGCUACUUUGAGGUAACUAUAUUGGACACAGGGGUGAGAGGAACCAUAGCUGUGGGCCUGGUGCCCCAGGGUUACAAGCUAGAUCACCAGCCAGGCUGGCUGCCCCACUCCAUUGCCUACCAUGCAGACGAUGGCAAACUGUACAAUGGCAACCCAGUAGGCCAGCAGUUUGGACCCAAAUGUAACCGUGGUGACAGAAUUGGCUGUGGAAUCUACCUGGAGCCAUCUGAAGCUAGCUUGACAACGGUCUUCUUUACCAAAAAUGGCAAAGAGGUGGGUUCGGCGGUGGUGCCCGUGUCUGCCGAGGGCCUGUUCCCCUCGGUAGGGAUGCACUCCCUGGGGGAGGAGGUGAAGGUGGACCUGCAGGCGGAGUGGGCGACGCAGGAGGACGACAGUCGGAUGAUGGUGGACGGCCAGGAGGACGAGUGGGGACGUCUGCACGACGUCAGGGUGAGCCACACGCUCCUGGAGUACGUGGGGAAGGGGCGGAGCAUCGCCGACGUGGGUCUGGCCCAGGCCCGCCGGCCCCUCACCACACGCUGCCACUACUUUGAGGUGGAGAUCAUCGACGCCGGAGAGAAGUGCUACAUCGCCCUGGGACUGGCCCGGAGGGACUACCCUAAGAACAGACACCCAGGAUGGAGUCGAGGCUCAGUGGCCUACCAUGCAGAUGAUGGGCAGAUCUUCCAUGGCAGUGGGGCUGGGGAUGCCUUUGGCCCUCGCUGUGUAGAGGGUGACAUCAUGGGCUGCGGAAUCAUGUUCCCGCGAGACUACAUCCUGGAUGACGAGGAUGACAUCGAGGAGGACCCGGACCCGGAGCCGCCGGAGGGGGCGGAGAAGGGAGGCUUCCAGAAUGUUCUGUACCAAAACGGCGGGGAGGAGGAGGAGGAGGAGGAGGAGGAGGAAGGAGACGAGAUGGAGCGGGGGAACGAGAGCAGGAAGGUUGUGGCGUUCUUCACCCGGAACGGGAAGCUGAUGGGCCGAAGGCAGGUGGCCGUCCCUCCUGGAGGCCUGUACCCCACCAUCGGGAUGCUGAGCAGCGGGGAGAAGGUCAAAGUGGACCUGCACCCCCUCAGUGGAUGAGCCAAGCCCUCCUGCUGGAGCCCAGCCUGGCCCUGCCCUGCCCUGGCUCGGGGGCAGCACACCCACGGGGGGUCCCACUGUGGGCAGGGACCAACCAGCCAGGACCAAGACCUCUGGCACUGUGGUGACAGGCGCACACAGCAAGCAGAUUUAUGGAGUUGGAGUAGCUUAUGGAUUCGGAUAAAUCCGUGCAAUUUGUUGUUUUAUAAUUUCUCACCAAACCCCUUUUUCACCUCGCCUGUAAAGCGAACAGAUGUGGGCUUCUAAAACAGUGAGCCCUUAAAUUCCUCUCAUGAGGUCUGGCACACUCAGUUUAUUUCAUUUGUCACAACCCCAAGCAUAGCAGAGCCCAGCCAGCACCAGAGAGGGAGAGAGCAAGAGGAAGAGGGGGGAAGAGAGAGAGGAAGAAGGGGAGAGGGAGAGGGAGAA